UGAACUUUGAACUUUUUUUUUUCUUAUCGCGUUGAAUGCGAAACCAGCUUCAACAUUGCAACAUCUUCGCCUUUCGCAGUUAUGAAGAUAAAAGCAUUAACCCGCUCAACAGAGGCGUAUCAGCCGCCUGGGUCGGAUGUCCCAAAGGCGCCUCGAAACUUGGACCCGGCUAUCCAUCCCUUCGAAAGAGCACGAGAAUAUACACGCGCCCUCAAUGCCGUAAAGCUGGAGCGUAUGUUCGCUCAGCCGUUCAUCGCACAGCUUGGAACUGGACAUGUUGACGGAGUUUACUCAUUGGCAAAGGAUCCCAAUUCUCUCGAUAGAUUUGCCUCGGGCUCCGGUGAUGGCGUUAUAAAAUGUUGGAGCUUGACGAGUAGAGAUCAGGUCUGGAAAACGACCGCCCACGAGAAUAUUGUGAAGGGGAUGGCAUGGACGACAGAUCAGAAGCUUCUUACAUGUGCUGCUGAUAGGUCGGUAAAGAUCCACGAUCCUUAUAAUACCCGUGACGAUUCGCCACCUAUACACUCCUGGCUCGGUACGAAUGCCUUCACAAGCUUGAGUGUUCAUAGAUCCAAGAAUGCGUUUGCGGUUUCUUCCGAUGUCAUAUCCGUCUACAACCUCGACCAAUAUACAGCUGCGCCAGAAAUUCUUCGCUGGCCCUCAUCUGGCGAAACAAUUAAUUCCGUCUCUUUCAACCAAAGUGAGACUUCUGUUCUCGCCUCUUGCUCUACAGACCGUUCGAUUAUUCUAUACGAUCUCCGAACGGCUUCGCCACUCGCACGAACAUUCCUAAACUUUAGCUGCAAUAAGCUAUCUUGGAAUCCGGUGGAGCCGAUGAACUUUGCUGCAGCAAGCGAAGACCAUAAUGUGUAUCUAUUUGAUAUGCGCAAGUUCGACCGAGCGUUAAACGUACUCAAGGACCAUGUUGCGGCAGUGAUGGACGUAGAGUUCUCUCCGACCGGACAAGAGCUUGUCACAGCCUCGUAUGACCGCACGAUUCGACUUUUCAACCGCGAUCAGGGUCACUCAAGGGAUGUAUAUCAUACGAAACGGAUGCAGCGAGUUUUCUGUGCUCGAUGGACUCCUGAUUCCAAGUAUCUCCUGAGUGGAUCGGAUGACGGAAAUAUCCGUCUUUGGAGAGCAAAUUCUUCGAAACGGGAAGGUGUUAAAUCAGCAAAACAUCGGCAGGCUCUGGAAUACAAUGAAGCGUUAUCUGAAAGAUAUGGUCACAUGCCCGAGAUACGACGAAUUAAGCGUCAUAGACAUCUUCCGAAGGUUAUUAAGAAAGCAAGCGAGAUCAAGAAGGAGGAGCUCAAGGCUAUUAAGCGACGAGAAGAGAAUGAAAGGAAGCACACGAGGCAGCAAUUUGAGAAGAGGAAGAGUGAGCGUGAUAAGGUUAUUCUUGCGAGAGAGAAGUGAUUGCGGAUUGCGGAUUGCAUUUCUAAAGAGCUGGUUACCUGUCAGGUAUUUAUGAAUUGCAUUUACAUGGCGUUAAAAGGGGUAAGGAAUACUUCGAUACCAGGCAUGACGUCGAUAGAUUGCGUCUACGUUGCGUCUACGUUCUUGCAACGGAUCAAAAUAUAUACUCAUUUCAUAUUUUAUUUCUAGAUAUUUCACUUCAUCGUCAAGAGGAAUAAUCAAGUGACUGCUUAGGGAGGUACGCACAUGUAUGCUUGCUAAAGUGCAUGUCGGAUGGCGGCAGCAUAAAACUGAUAACUUCUUCAAGUGCCCUAACGAGCUAGGCUAGGAUUAAAGAAGAGGACGAUUUUGCAGUAUAUUGAGACAACCUCUAAGUUUAUAAGAUUAUUAAAUUCUUCAUUGAA